ACCCCAAACCCCAGACCUUUGCAUAAUCCCUUCUUCUUUUAAGAAAACCCUCAUAACUUCCCUUCAAAAUUCCAUACAAUUAUUGUUGCGAUCAUCAGAUUGAAGCUAUGAUUGAAGAGUUUAAGCUAUGGAUUAUGCGACAUCCAGGAACACAUUUCGAUCCCAUUCAAGCAUACGGGCAAAACCCUUCAAUCUUCACACUGAGGAUAAACCAUGGAGGGUGGUUCACUUCUUCUCCUGGAAGAAGAUAUUUUGAUGGUGAGGUAAGCUUUAUUGACUGGGUUGAUGAAGACAAGUUUUCUGUUCAUGAGUUGAAUGAUAUGAUGGUGAAAAUAGGAUACCCACUAGAUGAGAAGAUAUAUUACCAUUUUAUGAUUCCUGAUCAGGACCUUGAUUAUGGUUUAAGGGCUGUAGGUAAUGAUUCAGAUGUGUCAAAUAUGCUACAAUAUGUUCAAAAGUUCAAAGUUAUAGAUUUAUACACUGAACACUGGAUGACAACCUUAGAUAAUCACUUCCAAUCUCCUUGUAAGGUUGUUAUUCAGGAACUCAAUGAUGAACAGGGACCAGCUAACCAAGUUAGGAGGACUUUAGCAAUACAGUGGUAUAAAAAUGAUGAUAAGGGAUCAUCUGAGGGUGGUGCUAGUUCUAAGGGUGGUGAUGGUGCUAAGGGUAGUGCUGGUUCUGAGGGUGGUGAGGGUGUUGAGGAUAGUGCUACUUCUGAGGAUAGUGAUGGUUCUGAGGGUAGUGAUGAUUCUGAUGAUUCAGAUUUCCUUGUCGAUGAAGAGAAUGCUAUUGAUCACUAUGAGGUUGACAUGCAAAAUUUUAGGGCAGCUGUUGACAUGAAUUUUGAUGAAGAAGCUUUGGCAAACCAAACUGAAGAUGCUGAACAUAUUGAUGACUUUGAUCUAGACAACUUUGAUAGUUUAAGUGAUGAAGAAAAUGACACUACUUUAAAAAAGAAGUUAAGGGAGCAUAGGAAAAAAAAGAGACAUGGGAAUGUUCUAGUUGCUGAGAGAUUUUAUGUUGGCCAACAAUUUGCAGAUAGAGAACAAAUUAAGAAAUUGGUUAAGACUCAUGCAAUUGAAACAAGAAGACAACUUAAGGUUGUGAGAAAUGAUUUAGGCAGGUUUCGUGUAAUAUGUGAGGGAGUUAUUAUGGUUGGUGGGGCUAAAAGAAAAGUGCAAAAUAGUGGUGGGUCCCAUAAAAAAAAUCAGAUUCCUUGUUGCCCUUGGAUUCUACAUGUUUCAAACCCUAACAAUGAGGGCACAUGGGUUGUGAAGACUAAUGUGAGUCGGGGAAUAUAUGACCAAUGUGUAGUUAACAUUAACCAAAGGAACUGCACUUGUAGAAAGUGGGAGUUGACAGGGUUACCAUGUAGGCAUCUUGUGGCAGUCAUCUGGAAUAUGACCCAGCAUGGCCAAGAUGUUGGCAUCCCUGAAUCUUGGGUGUCUGAGGUUUAUUGGAUUGAAACAUGGAAGAAGGUUUAUGCUAAUACCAUUGAUGGUGUUAAUGGCGUUGUUAUGUGGACACCCUCUCAAUGCCCUACCACUCUUAGGCCUCCCAAACACCACAAACAGGUAGGUAGGCCAAAGAAGAAAAGAAAGAAAAGUGCUGAGGAAUUGAGUGAACCAAUUGUGAAAAAUGGAAAAAUGAUUAGGGUUGGAAGCACUGUAACAUGUACAAAGUGCAAAGGGAAAGGUCAUAACCAAAGGUCAUGCAAAGGUGAUGCGGGUCACUCGUAAAAAACUGCUCGGGCUACAUCAAAAUCCACUGCAAGGCCUGCACCACAAUCCAAAACUGUUGCAUCUAAAUCGAAGACUGCCGGAUCCAAAUCCAAGACUGAUGCACCCAAAUCCAAGCCUGAUGCAUCAUCAGGAGCAGGGCAUCAACCUUGAUUGUGUUUUUGCUUAACUAGUUCUCAUGUUGCACACUUUUGUGGUGGUUUUUGUGAUCUUGAACACUAUUCAGUGUCAUGUUUUGAAGUAUUUUCUAGGUGUCGUGUAUAUGGUCUUAAACAGAACUAUUAUGCCACUUUUUGGAUGUAUAUGGUUUUAAUCUAUGCUUUACGGGUCAAAA